AUGGAGCCGUCUGACGCCUGCGAUCCCUACCGGCGGCCGGCCCGGCGGACGCAGUGGCUGGUCAGCGCCCUGGCGUACCACUACGGGCUGGACCGGGGCGUGGAGAACGAGAUCGUCGUGCUGGCCACAGGCUUGGACCAGUACCUGCAGGAGGUCUUCCACCACCUGGACUGCGAGGGCGGCGGCACGAUCCCCGGGCAGGACUUCCGGACGCUCUGCCGGGUGCUGGGGCUGCAGGAGGGCGGCGAGGAGGCGGCCGCCGAGCCCGAGGAGCUGGCCGGCCUCUGCCGGGACCUCUCGCCCGCGCUCUCCUUCCGCCAGUUCCACGCGCGGCUCUGCGGCUACUUCAGCACCAAGGCCGGCUGCUCGGCGGCGCCGGCGGGGCUGGCCCGCCUGCCGCUGGGCAAGGAGAGCGAGCACAUCGAGACGCAGAUCCGCCUGCGCAGCCCGCUGCGCCGCCGGCGCGAGAAGCGGGCGGGCGGCGGCGCGGCCCCGCGAGCGGGCUCCCCCGCGGAGGACCGCGUCGCCAAGCUGGAGGACGAGAACGCCAGCCUGCGCGAGCUGGUGGAGGACAUGCGGGCGGCCCUGCAGAGCAGCGACGCGCGCUGCCUGGCGCUGCAGGUGGGACUGUGGAAGAGCCAUGCUAAUCAUAAGAAAAGUGGGACCUGUUUUUUAAGCAACCGGAGUCCAUUAACAAACAAGCAGUCGCAGACUUCUAAGUGCCUUGAAAGCGUUUUAAAGGAAGUUGAACUAAUCCGGAGUUCUAGGGAUGGACAAAUUGAAGAAGCAAUUAGGUUUAAUCAAGAACUGGAAAAAGAACUGAGGAAUUCCCAUGAAGCAUUAGUCACUGUGAAAGACUACAACUGCAGCCUGAAGAGGGAGCAGGCAGAAAUGAGGAAGAAGGUCGAAGAAGCAAGACUUGCUGUCCUCAAUAGCCUCGGAAAAGUAAAGGAACUAGAGGCAAAAGCCCACAAAGUGCCACAAUUGCUAAUAUAUAUCCAGCAGCUCGAAUCAGAGCUGCAAUAUUAUAGGACAGGGGUCUUGAAACUCCAUCUUUCUUCUCCAGCCAACACAGACCAGAAGGCAAGUUCAGCAGUAGAUGGACAAUAUACCUUAUCGGCUGUACAGCAAGACAGACAUUCACCGACCGGUGGUGCAGGAAUAUCCGAAAAUGUGGAAGAUCAGAUGUUUCGUUCUGUGGAAGGCCAGGCUGCAUCGGAUGAAGAAGAAGAGAAAUGGACAGGAGACCAGCAAUUCCAGGUGGCUGAAGUGAAGAAGUUCCUUGCCAAACUUCCUUGUUGCAAUAAUGGAUGUGAUGACCCAACCAUGAAGAAGCUGAUGUCCUAUUUUGGGAACAUCAGCAGAGAUGGCAGUGAGAACUCUAUUGUGGAACUAAUCAGGCGACUCUCCCUGUUAACUGAACAGCUUGAGACGAAAGGCCAAGAAGUGAAAACACUGGAAACCGAUAUGGAAGAGAACAUAUCUAAGCGUGCCUUGGGGAAAAUCUUACUGAGCACUUUGGAAUCCUGCUGCGACCCACAACAUGGAAAACCACGUAUUGAUGAAGUCUUAGAUACCCUCUACCAUGAACUGGCUGCCUGUCAACUCAUUCAAAGCAAGCCUUCUGAGAAAGCUGCAGGUCACCAGUCCUUGGCUAACCACUUGGUUAUCUCCUGUUGAGCAACAGUGCCAUCUGCAGUGCAUUGUGAUUAAUGCUACCAAGCAACAACACAAAAGCACAGGGUGCCCUGCCAUCCAUAAGAUAUGUCAGCCUCAGCAGCCGGAACAGUUAAAGAAAUGACAGAACUAUAAAAAGCU